AUGGCCGGAGGAACAACGUUGGAGUACACGCCGACAUGGGUGGUGGCUUUUGUGUGUUCCGUUAUAGUCUUCAUAUCUUUAGUAGUCGAGCGAUUACUUCACUACACUGGCAAGUAUCUCAAGAGAAAGAACCAGAAACCUCUCUUCGAGGCCUUGCAGAAGAUCAAAGAAGAGCUGAUGCUUUUGGGGUUUAUAUCACUCCUGCUGACGGUGUUACAAGGACCUAUAGAAAAGAUCUGCAUAUCGGAGAAACUGGCCAGUCAUUGGCUGCCUUGCAAAGAAGAGUCGAAGUCAACGUCAACGACUGCCCAUUUCCAGACCAGUAGCUUCUUCAGCAGUAAUUAUUAUUCUCGGCAGCUGCUGGUUUUUCCAGCCGGGACUGCCCGUCGCCUUCUUGCAGAUGACGCUGAGUCGACCUCUGAAUCUGGUUCCACCGGCUCAUGUCCAGAGGGGAAGGUCCCAUUGCUAUCCACGACUGCAUUGCACCAUCUGCAUAUCUUCAUCUUUGUGCUAGCUGUGGUGCAUGUGACUUUCUGUGUUCUAACCAUUAUUUUUGGAGGAAUUAAGAUACGUCAAUGGAAACAAUGGGAAGAUUCUAUAGUAAGAAAAGAGUACAAUCCAGAAGAAGUUUUGACACAGAAGUUCACCGCCGUCCAAGAUCAUGAUUUCAUCAGAGGUCGUUUUCUGGGUAUCGGAAAGAAUCUAGCUUUUCUGGGUUGGUUGAUUGCAUAUUUCAAACAAUUUUAUGGGUCUGUGACCAAAACAGACUAUAUGACAAUGCGACUAGGCUUCAUCAAGACACAUUGCAAGGGAAAUCCAAAUUUUAAUUUCCACAAGUACAUGGUACGUGCCCUUGAAGCGGAUUUCAAGAAAGUCGUUGGAAUAAGUUGGUACCUUUGGAUCUUUGUGGUCAUCUUCUUGUUGCUAAAUGUCGCUGGUUGGCAUGCCUAUUUCUGGAUAGCAUUCGUUCCUUUCUUUCUUUUACUUGCUGUUGGCACCAAGUUGGAGCAUGUUAUAAUCCAAUUAGCCCAUGAUGUUGCCGAGAAGCACAUUGCAAUAGAAGGAGACUUGGUGGUUCAACCUUCAGACGAUCACUUUUGGUUCCACAGGCCUCGAUUGGUUCUCUUACUGAUUCAUAUCAUCUUGUUCCAAAAUUCUUUUGAACUAGCAUUUUUCUUCUGGAUAUGGAUUCAAUAUUCCUUUAAUUCCUGCAUGAUGGGGAAAAUUGGUUACGUUAUCCCAAGACUUAUAAUCGGAGCAUUUGUCCAGUUCGUCUGCAGCUACAGUACGUUACCCCUCUACGCAAUUGUCACACAGAUGGGAACAACUUUUAAGAAGGCAAUAUUCGACGAACACGUACAAGAGGGCCUUGUUGGGUGGGCUAAAUCGGCAAAAAAGCACCAGGCGGCGUUAAGAAAGGCGGCUACUAAUGGCAGCAGUAGUAAUGGUUCUAGCCAAGUAAGUCAUAGCAGCAAAUACAAAUUGCACAGCGAAGAGGCAACUUCUGUGUCCAAGACAUCAUCGGCGACACUUGAACUGGCUCAAGUUGGAAAUAAGGAGUCUUCCGUGCAUGUGGGAGAAAUUCAGCCUCAUCAACUGCCGCCAGCCAAUGAUCAUGUAUAGAAAUUCGAUCGACCGACCGACCAAAAUGUCUGAAUGAUUUCAAUCAGUGAAACAACGGAAACUACAUGCUUGCAAUUGGAAUUAAAGAAACCAGAGAAGCAGCUAGCUAUGUAUAACCUUUCAUUUAUGUUCUUGUUAAUUAAGCCACUCCUCCCCCUCCCAUAGCACAAGUCCCUUUUUUUCUUUUUCCGUGCCCAUUUCCUCAACUCUACAGAAUUUCAUACCACCUGUAUCUGGGUUCUGGCAUCAUGUAUUCUGGAAUGUGGACCAUACACACCCUACCAGCCGAGCUGCUUAAUUUAUAAUGAAUUUUGUUCUACUGCAUGUUAA